UCCUUCCACGAGGAAGGUAGUGUGCUUUCACGAACCGGUUUCCUUUUACGUCGCGACCGAGCGCUAUUUUUUCGGGUCGGAAGACAGAUUCUGACGUUAUAUUGUAACCGCUUCAGCAGACACAUUCAUCUUUUAAGAAUUACAUUUGGCUCCGUUUUGGUUUCUACGAUACAAUCUUCAUCGCUCUCGCCAACGGAAAUGGAAGAAUGAGUGGCAGGAUUCAUUGAAAUUAAAUAUGGAAAUACGAUGGAUUACUGUUUCCACUAAAACCAAUGAUUUUCAAUCGUAGAAAAGAUACUCGUAAAUUUACAGCCGAGUGUGCGGCCGUUUAAAGAAGAAUUCAUUAACCUUCCAGUAUGCCGAACAGUAUUUCAACAAAUGCAUUUCUUUUAGUUUUAGUAAUAAAAUUAUUGCUGAUCUGUGAUGUAUAUACGCAACAUCGAACGCGGUCGAAGAAAUCCCAGGCGUACUCGCCUGCAGCUUCGGCGCGAAGUAGUCAUAAACCAAAUAUAGUUUUAAUAUUGACAGACGAUCAGGACGUCGAGUUGGGUUCGCUCAAUUACAUGCCGAAAACUUUGAAACAUAUCCGAGAUCAGGGCGCGGAAUUUCGACACGCCUACGUCACUACGCCCAUGUGCUGUCCGUCACGGAGUUCUUUACUCACCGGAAUGUACGUCCACAACCAUCAAGUUUUUACGAAUAAAGACAACUGCUCGAACACGCAGUGGCAGGCGAUACACGAACCGAGAACGUUUGCCACGUAUUUGUCCAACGCUGGUUACAGGACCGGCUACUUCGGCAAAUAUCUAAAUAAAUAUAAUGGAUCCUAUAUUCCACCAGGAUGGAGAGAAUGGGGUGGAUUAAUUAUGAAUUCAAAAUAUUAUAACUAUUCAAUAAAUAUGAACGGGAAAAAAAUCAAACACGGGUUCGAUUAUAAUAAGGAUUACUAUCCGGAUUUGAUAGCAAAUGAUUCCAUAACUUUUCUGAGAAAUUCCAAGAGGCAGUAUCCUUAUAAGCCCGUCAUGCUGGCUAUGUCUUUUCCGGCACCACACGGCCCCGAAGAUUCUGCCCCUCAGUAUUCUCGAAUGUUUUUUAACGUUACUUCGCAUCACACCCCGUCAUAUGAUUUUGCUCCGAAUCCGGACAAGCAGUGGAUCUUAAAAGUAACAAAUAAAAUGGAACCGAUCCAUCGACAAUUUACGGAUAUUUUAAUGACCAAAAGGCUACAAACGUUGCAGUCCGUAGACGCUGCAGUUGAGAGGGUUAUAAACGAACUCGAUGCGCUCGGGGAACUCAAAAAUACUUACGUAAUAUAUACAAGCGACCACGGAUAUCAUUUAGGACAGUUUGGGCUUAUAAAGGGCAAAAGUUUUCCCUUUGAAUUUGAUGUAAGGGUGCCGUUUUUGGUACGAGGUCCGGGAGUAGUUCCGGGGGCAGUGGUCAAUGAGAUUGUUCUAAACAUAGAUUUGGCGCCUACGUUUUUAGAUAUGGCAGGCGUCGACGCACCCGCGCAUAUGGACGGAAAAUCCGUUUUGCCGCUCUUUGUAAACCCAAAAAGGAAGAAAUUGAAAUGGCCCGAUACGUUUUUGAUCGAAAGUUCAGGUAGAAGGGAAACUCCAUACCUGGACGCAAAGUUGCAAGCAGCGAAAUUAUAUUCUCUGGCGAAUAAUUUGAAAAAUGUAACCACAACGGACAGCCCACUAUCGCAAGAUUUCACGACGCACCAUGUAAUAAGCACCGACAAAGUGGAUGUAAACGAAUCAGGUGAGGAAAUUGAUGUUACUGAUGACGAACUAGAGGAAGAAGAUGACGACGAUGCGGAGGUUUUGGUUUCAAAAUCCGAAGCAGAUGGAAUUGUUGAAGAUGAAUAUGAGAACUCCGACAAUAUGGGUGUUAACAAUAGGGAUUUCACAAGUGGUGACGGUACUACUAACAUAUUUGAGGAGGAUGGGCAGUUAGAAAAUCAACUUCCAGCCGUGCCAUCAUUGUAUCACACCAAAUUGGAAAGAUUGUCUCUGGAAUGCUUAUCAGACGAUAUGAGGUUUCCCUGCCAACACGGUCAGAAGUGGUACUGUCAAAACGAUAACGGCAGGUGGCGUAAACACAAAUGCAAACUGACCAGGGAAAUUAUUCCUUAUAAUAAUUAUGACCAUAGUCGAAGAUGUGCCUGUUUCACACCAAAUGGAUUAGUCUACAAGAAUGUUCCGCUUCAGAGUCAAUUGAUGUAUAGAAGGAUGAAACGUGAUGUGGAGGUCCAUGAUAUUUUGUUCAGCAGACUAAACGGUAGCAGUAUCAACAACUUGACUACAAGGAAAAAAAGGGACGAAUUGACUCACGUCAAAAAUGUUAUGGACUCGGUUGAAAGUCAAAUUGAAGGACUAACGGCGGCAAAUAGAUCCAUAGAAGAAGCUGUUCGCAAAACAACUCUGGAAACAAAUGCUAUUAUUGACAAUUCCGCUGGAUGUAGCAUCGAAAAAGGAAAGGUCAACUGUUCAAACGUCGUUUACCAGGACAAAAAAUCUUGGCGCCAAUCACGGCACCAAAUAGAAAAUGAGAUUCAGCAAUUAAAACAAAAAUUGGACACUCUGAAAAAAAUAAAAAAACAUUUAAAAAAUACAAAACCCAUAGAUUCCGGCGAGAGCGAUGAAUGGACAUCCAACAAUACCGACCUAAACAAGUUUAACCAUCUUGGCUUUCAAACUGAUCCAUACUCCAGUUUCCAUUCGAGCGCCUUGUUCCCGAACAUCAAUAGACGCGCAAAAAAAAGAAAGAGGCCGCACGAAUUCGAUACAGAUUCCUAUCCACGGCCUCAUAAGAGACCGAGGAUUUACGUAGCUAGUAGUACCGUUACUCAGAGUACCACGGAAGCAAUGAUAGAAGUAACCACUCCGUAUGCAAUUCAAAGCGAGAUCUCCACAAUGAAAACCAGGAAUUCCCAUCGCCACCACCAUAAUUUCUACUCGGUUAAUCUUAACAAUGGUUCUGUUUCUGGUGUCGUAGAUGAGACUAUAAAGACAACCACUGCCGUUAACAAGAUAAAAAAUACUUUCUCUUCUGUCAAUACGACUAAAAGAAAGUACCAACCAAAUUUCUGCCAUUGCGAAGAGAAAGAAUCAAACGAUCCGUAUUUAGAUGAACAUUUUAAAGAGAGGCGGAGAAUAAAAGAGAAAAAAUUGAAAAAGAAGCUAAAACGGCAGAAGAAAAAGGAAGAGGAAUGCCACUCUGAAAGAAUGAACUGCUUUGAACAUGACAAUGAUCACUGGAAAACUGAACCCUUGUGGCUCGCUGGACCAUUCUGCUUUUGUAUGAACGCUAACAAUAAUACAUAUUCAUGUAUCAGGACAAUUAACACAACACACAACUUUCUCUAUUGUGAAUUUACGACAGGAUUUGUGACUUUUUACAAUUUAAGAAUAGAUCCAUUCGAACUUCACAAUAAGUAUGAUCAACUAAAGCCAGAUGAAAAGUCUUACUUGAAAGACGUACUUAAGCAUAUGGUGGCUUGCAAAGGCAAGAACUGCACCAUACAGCAUGCUUCGAAUAUUACCCUGAAACCCAAACUAAAUGUAAUGUUGACGCACUCGCAGAACCAUCACAACUAUUUGAAAAAGAGAAGAUUUUUUGCGGAAGAUGGAAAAAAAACCGACAUUCCUCACAGAAUAGACAAAAGGGGCAACAACCGAAACUAUACCAGGGAUAUGUUUGGAGCGACUGGUGUGCGAAAAAAAAGAAGGUUGUAAUUCAUUUAGGUCCAUUCUCCUUUUAGCUU